AUGGCGGUGACGAUGAAAAGAAAGGGUUCACCAUCAAAGCCCAGUACUAAGGUUUCUCUCAAAACUCGAGAGGUUCGAGAGGAUAAGGAUUUGGCCGAGCGGAGCACAACGAAAAUGGUCGCGGACGUGUUCUACAUACCCAAAAACAAUCCGGCGAAGCCUCUCGGAGAAGACUCGCACUUUAUCUUUUCGGAGGCGCAGACCAUCGGCGUGGCUGACGGCGUCGGCGGCUGGGCUAAGAAAGGCAUCGACGCGGGAGCCUACGCUAGAGAGCUGAUGUAUAACGCCAUCCAAUCCGUCCGUUAUCAGAGAUGGACAGUUGGCAGUGUGGACCCCAUGACAGUCCUCGACGAAGCCUACGUGGACACGGACGUAGAAGGCUCAUCCACGGCGUGUAUCUUGACGUUAGUUGACGACACCGUGAUCGCCGUUAACGUCGGGGACAGCGGCUUCUGUGUCCUACGUGGCGGCCGAACCGUCUUCCACUCCCCGCCUCAGCAGUCCCGGUUCAACUGCCCGGUUCAGCUCGGGAAAACGAGCGACGACCCGGUCGCCGCCAAGAAAUUCGAGGUGAAGGUGAAGCCGGGAGAUAUCAUUGUAAUGGCGACUGAUGGAUUGUUCGACAACGUUUAUGAACACGAGCUUUUAGAUUUGGUUUUUGGAGCCGACGACAAGAAGAAGCCGAUGAAGAAGCCGCCGAUGAAUUUGGCGAGGAAGAUUGCGCGCUACGCGCUUAAGAAUGCCCUGAACAAAGACUUCCUUUCUCCAUUCUCGGGGGAGUCUAGGAUUGCCGGAAUCAACGAGCAUGCUAUGGGAGGCAAGUACGAUGAUAUAACAGUGAUAGUUGCUUAUAUUCAAUAA